GUACAUUACAGAACACGAUCAGAUUGACAUUUGUCUUUUUGUUCUCACGUGGAUAAGACACGUCUUGAUCUCGCGAAGCAGCAUUCAUUUCCUAAUAUAGAGAUUCGGGACACGGUGAACAAAGAUAUAGCAUUAUGGUUCGCGUUAUUAGUCAGGAAACUUACAAUGAGGUUGUUAACGAAAAUAUGGAACAAUUUUCAAUGACUCCUGAGGAAGCUAUAGAAGACGCGGUAAAACAAUUUGAGGCUCAGGGUAUAGACUUGAGCAACAUCAUUAAAGAUUUAAUUCUCAAUGAUGACAAUGAAUUAAUUAUAUCUUAUUUAAAUCAAAUUAAUAUUGCAAUUGGGGAUCGGAAUUAUGAAAAUAUUCACCAUGUAUUAGACAAAUUGAGGAGUCAAUUAGACAAAGAUAUUGCACGCAGAGUAUAUGCAGGAAAGAUGGGCACAUAUAAUAUUUUAAUAAAUUUAAUGAAAACAUGUUCUAAUAAUGCUACUAUCAUAAAAGCAGCAUUGAAAACUAUUACUUCAUUAAUGACUGGUAAUCCAGACUUGCUAAACGAUGAGGGAAUAGCUUUACAAAUCCAGAUUUUAGAUACAUAUUCAGAUAUUUCAACAUUACAAUUGCUGUUACGAUGGAUAAGAGAAUGUUGUAUAAAACAUGAGCUUAAUAGACAAGGCAUUUUUAAUGCAGAUAUUUUUAGCAAGCUUAAGAAAAUAUUAAUUCGAGAUGAUAUGUCUGGGCCUGAGUUAAGAGAUGCUUGCGCUGUGAUUAGAGCCCUGGUGUUAGACGAUGAUAUCAGACAGGAAUACGGAAAAGCUCAUGAGCAUGCAACUAUUAUUGCAAAAGGAGCUCUCAAUGUCCUUACUGGGUUAAUCCCAAAAUAUAAAAAAGACAAAGGGGUCGUGGGUGAUUUAAUAAUAACUUUAGCAGCAUUGAUCGUUCGGAAUGAAUUUUGUCAGGAAGUAGAAGACGCAGGAGGGCUAAAGUUUGUUAUAGACGUUAUGAUUGAUUAUCCAGAUUCAGAGAAAUUAAAUUGGCAAGCCUUGAAAUUGUUGAAAGCUCUAGCUGGAAAUGAUGAUGUAAAGUCUCACAUUAUAAUGUCAGGUUGUGGCCCCUUAAUUGUCUCUGCCAUAAGUAGAAUGAGAGAAUCUGAGUGUGUAGUGACCGCAGGACUUGCAUGCAUUUCUGCAUUAACACUGAGGUGUUCCUCAAACGCUGGUGUGUUUUACGAUUGCGGAGCGCCGCUUGUAAUCAUAGACGCGAUGAAAGCUUAUCCUAAAAGCGUGAAUGUCUUGAAACAAGCUGCUUGGGCUAUACGGAAUAUGUCUGUAAGAAAUAAGGCAGAGUGUUCAGAAUUUAUUACUCAUGGUGUAGAGGACGUCUUGGCAAAAGCCCUCAAACAACAUGAUUCUAAGAUUGAAAGUGACGUGAAGGCGGCUUUGAGGGACCUGGGAUUGAAAGUAGAAUUGAAAGAACGAUGGACUGGAAAAGGUGUAUCCAUGAGCAAUGGAAUCGACUAAUCACCGCCAUGUGUGUAUUGCAAAUAUUUUAGACACUUUAUACAGUUUGCUUGCAAGAAAUAUAUAUAUGUAUAUAUAUAAUACAUAUAUAUUAUAUAU